UGGAUUUGGCUACCGCGGAGUUUUGUGAUGAUUCCCUUUUUCCGCUCGCCUAUUUAGCUGAAUCGAUUCUCAUUAUAGUGUGUAUUGAUAUGGCAUCCACCGCUGUUGUCACGGCAUCUGCGCCACGGGGCCUCAACGGCUCAGAGAGAUCCUUGAUCAAACCAAUCCAAGAUCCGACGGUCUCGACGUCUCUCGUUCACCCGCAUCGUGCAGAUGCACCGUCGGAUCGUCCCACGUCUACCUGCCAUUCGGCGAAUCAGCAUCCGGCAUUCCCAUUGGACCGUCUGCCUGACGACGUGCUCUCAUUGGUCCUCCAGCACCUCUCGCGCAACUCCCUCGCGCACGCCUUCGUCUGCAAGCGCUGGUUCCGCCUCACGUGCCUCGCGCGCGUCUACCUCAAGGUUCCGCGCGCCGUGCACCCCGCGCAGCUUCUCUCCGCCGUCGGCACAUUCCCGACAUUGUCACAACUCGAUAUAACGGAGAACACCGUUCCGCACGCGACAGACGAUCUCCUUCGCGGAAUCUCCUCGCGCUGCCCCAAUCUCACGCGCCUUCUCAUUGGGUACCAGUUCCGCGCGCGCUUCUCCCCCGCGGGGCUUUCCGCGCUCUUCCGCGGAUGCUCUCGCCUGCAGCAGCUCCGCUUGUUCUCCCUCAGCGGGAUCUCCGCCCUCCCCGCGUCGCUCACUCUCCUCACGGAGCUGGAAGUGCUCGAGUUAGGCGACGACCCAGCCUGGCGCGGAUUAGACACGUUUGCGAAUCUGAUCGAAUCCGAUAUAAGCCUGGACUCGUUAAGUCGUGUGACGAAGCUGGUUGUCAGCAGUCGCUGCUUCGAGAGCUUGCCGUGGAGCAUCGGCGAGUUAACGCGCUUGGAGCAUUUAGAAUUUCAUUCAGAGGUUAUUCGGUCCCUGCCCGGGAGUUUAGGGCAGCUGGAGUCUUUGAAGGUCCUGAAGCUCGAGGCUGAGUCUUUGGAGGAGCUGCCCGAGAGCCUGGGCAGGUUGAAAAGCUUACAGCGAAUGUGGCUGACGAACUGCUCGAGCUUAUUGAAGCUGCCCGACUCGUUCGGGCAGCUUUCCAGCCUCUCAUUCCUCAGCAUUCACCAGUGUGACUGGCUUCGAUGGCUCCCUGAAAGUUUCAGCUCCCUGCCCGCUUUGGAAACUCUAAAACUACACGAGCUAAGGGGCCUUCGCACACUGCCCGAACUGUUCGGGCACCUCCCAAGGCUGAGAAUACUAGACGUGAGCACGUGCGGGCUGGUGCGCCUUCCCCUCUCCCUGUGCUAUCUAGCCAGCUUGGAACGACUCAGCAUCGCUGCCUGCCCGGACCUCCCCCACGUGCCCCCCUUCACCACCCAUCUCCCUCCUCUGCCGCCCCACCCAUCUAGCCCUUCGAACCCCACCCCUGAUCAAAGCAGGGGCUCCUCUCCCCUCCCUCAUGACCAUGCCAGUCAAUGCCGAUCGUCUGCUCCGCAAGGGAGGGUGCUGCGUAUUGGGCGGCGUACGGGGUCUGGAGGGCGCGGAGGGGAGGAGACGUGGGAGGAGGAGGAAGCGCAGGAGCAGGAGGAGGAGAUGCGGGGGGAGAUGCAGCAGGGGGUGGCGCAGGAGGAACGGCAAGGGGAGGGGCAAGAGGAGUGGGAAGAGGAGGGGAGGGCGUGGGAAGGGGUGGAACAGGGAGUGGCAGAGGCUGGGCUGGCUGGGGAAGGAUAUCACUGGAGAGCAGGGAGGCCCUUUCCUGCAUCCUCGUUAGGGCUGUCCUCGUUAGUGAUACUAGAGAUGACGGACUACACUGGGAUCCUCGCCCCUGCCUGAAGAACCUUGGCUGCCUGCCCAAGCUGGAGCUUCUCAGGCUGAUGCACCAACCUGGCAUUUCUGCCACGUGGCGCAAUCUCCGGCCUUCCGAAUUUGUCCAAGCUGGCUCUCAUCGAGUGUACAAGCUUGUGCACACUGGAGUCGGAAGAAGAGGCAAAGGUUAACACAAGGGACAACGGCACGCUGCGCCAUGUGCUUGUAUUCGAUUGCGGCAUCAGAUCCCUUCCAACAUCUCUCCUCCACAUAGGAUCGUUGCAAACAAUACAUUUUAGGAACGGCAGUUGGUUUGGGUUCCCGGUAUUUUCCUUGCCUGAGGUGUAUGGCUUUUCUAGGCAUUCUUGUGAGAGCGUUGAAGGGGGGUUUGUUUACUCUAGGAACUACAGCUAUCCGUGUGUGCAUUGCCGAGAUUUUGUCAUAGCCACAUGGGAUGUGUGAGCAUAAUCAUUUCCUGUAAUAUUCUCAUUGGGAGACGAUUCUAAAUAUUCUGCACCCCUAACCCUGCAGUCCCUGGCCACCGCUGUGUUUCCGCCAUGGCUUUUUUCCCUGGCACUAUUAUCACUUUCUUCUCGGAAUCAACAUCGGGCGACUCGCCUUCCUCCCGUGACGAGGCGCACCUAGUCCCCUUCCCAGUUAACGACCUCCCCGACGACGUUCUCGCGGUGGUGCUUCGCCUCGUCUCGCGCCGCUCGAUCCACCUCGCCUUGCAGACUGUCAAUCCAGUCUGCAAGCGCUGGAGCCGCCUCCUCCGCCUCGCGCUCGCCCACGUCGCUAUAACGAGGGAAAUUACCCCGACUGGCCUCCUGUCCGCGUUAAGAACGUUUUAUACGAUCUCCCACGUUGAUAUUGCCGAAGAUGUAAUCGUGCCGCCGCUCCAGUCCCCGCUUCUUCAAGACGACUUGGUCCGUCGGAUCGCUGCCACGUGUCCGCAUCUGAAGAGAUUUGCUC